AUGAGUCCCGACAAGCAAAACUUAAAUAUAAAUAGGCCAAAGAGGAGGCGUGUGAUGGUUACCAGCCCAGAUUCUUACUUCGAUAGUUUCCAUAAGACUCCUCAAGGUGAAUUCAAGAAUACUUACUACAAUCCCUUCCAUGUCAAGCCACGUAAGCGCACUAGCAAAGAACAACUUGAAGUCCUGGAGAAGACUUUUGCCACUAACAUUAAACCGGAUGCCGCCCUCCGUAAAGCCCUCGCCGAUAAACUAGGCAUGACCCCACGUUCAGUCCAGGUCUGGUUCCAAAACAAACGAGCCAAAGUCAAAAACGAACGCCAAGCCUCCCCCAAAGACCUUUCCCCACCCCCCACUCGCGCCGAAAUUGAAAUAACCCCUUCCCUCUACGCUAAACCCCCCCAAGAACUAUCAGAGAAAACAAAAGAAGACUACGAAUGUUUCUUACUAAACUAUCCAGGAUUUAAUCAAGAUUAUGAAUGCGCCGCCCUCCCCUCCCGUCCCUUCCUAGAAGACUUACCCGCCUUCAAAGAAGAAGAUCUCCAAUCCCUUGAUAAGCUUAUUUUAGGUGAAGAGAAUUCAAACGAAUCAGGUAAUGUUAAAAAGAAACCUAAACCAAGCAAUAACCCCCCCUCAAACUCCUCCUACUGCAGUUUCUACUCCCUAGCUAACAGCCUACAUUUUGAUCCAAGUAACUAUCUUAAUUAG